AUGAGCUCUACCAGCAGUGCUGAUAGUGGUAAAUAUCGAAGAAAUACUAAAAAGCAUACAUCUAUUCAAGUUGUUGAUAAAAAAGCAGAAACACGCCACAUCUUUAAGGUGAAAUACUACAAUGAUAAAAUCCACACAACGGUAACUCACACAGAAUCUGCUGUCGAAAAAUGGAUCGAUGAUGUAUAUAAAAGUUUCGUUGAUAGACUCGGCAAUCUUGUCGUGGGUUUGGACAUCGAACAGGUGCAGAAUAACAAAGUCGACGUAUUGCAAUUGUGUGUUGGACAUAAAUGUUUAAUAUUUCAGUUCUUUGGUUGUGAUAAAGAUCAAGUUCCUGCAUCUCUUGUCCAUUUUCUUAACGACCAUGACAUUAAAUUCGUCGGAGCUGGAAUCGAUAGGGUUGCAGAGAAGCUUUUGGUUGAUUAUGGAAUGAGUAUUUCAUCAAAAAGUGAAGAUCUUGGAAGAUUGGCUGAUAAUAAGCUUGGUACACGAGGACUUUAUCAUGCCAAGUUGAACUCUUUAGUGAAUAUUGUGCUCGGCGAACAUCUACAUCAUGAACCCAAGUAUACAAGGAUUACCUUCAGUAGAUGGGACAGAGAUUAUUUAAAGAACGAGCAGGUUGAACAUGCUUGUUUAGAUGCUUAUGCUUCGUUCAAGCUCGGUCUUUAUUUGUCGCUUCUUCCAUCCCCAAAAGAAACUAACAAGGCCAAGGCAAUUUGCCCAGGCGCUAUCUAG